CUCAAUUUAAUGUAGAGAGAGAAAGUGGGUGUGACGACUGUGAGUGAAGUGUGCGGACAAUGUUCAUCGUGGAUGAUGCUCUUCCCACGGGCUGAAUGACUCAGAGAGGUGACAAAUGUCUUAGCGAGAGAGCGAGAGAGAUUUGGAAGUUGGAAGGUCUCCAAAGACUAUCAACGCUCUGUUUCCAUGACUCCAGUUGAAGCUUCAAUUUUGCUCAUUGCUUCUGUAAUAAUUACAGUGUUUAUAUGUGUAAUUUUAGAGAGACGAGUGUGGAGAUAUGGGGCAUAUCCCCCUGUUGUAGGCACAGUGGUCCAUCAGCUCAUCAAUUUCAGCACGCUCCACCAUUUUCAUCUUGGGCAUGCCCAAAAGCACACCACUUACAGGCUGCUUAGCCCAGCUCGUGGAGAGCUUUACACGGUCAACCCUGCCAAUCUACAGCACAUUCUCAAAACAAACUUUGCAAAUUAUGGCAAGGGCAAAUAUCAGCACGAGGUAUUGAAGGAUCUCUUUGGUGAUGGGAUUUUUGCAGUCGAUGGAGAGAGGUGGAAGACUCAAAGGAAGCUCGCCUCCUAUGAGUUCUCCACUAAAGUGCUUAGGGAAUUCAGCUGCAAGGUCUUCUGCAAAAAUGCUGUUAAGUUAGCAGGCAAAAUCUCCGAGGCUGCAAAAUCACAUCUCAUAAUGGACAUCCAAGAUCUGUUAAUGAAAGCCACUAUGGAUUCGUUAUUUAAGGUGGGUUUUGGCUUGGAGUUGAAUACCCUUCUUGGGUGCGAGGAGGAGAACAAAUUUGCCAAGGCCUUCGGAGAAUUGAGCGCCCAACUUUUGCGUCGCUUUACCAAUCCCCUUUGGAAAUUAGAGAGGUUCUUGAGUUUAGGUCCUGAAGCCAUGCUCAGAAAGAACAUAAAAUUCAUUGAUGAUUUUGUGUACAAGAUUAUUCAGCAGAAAAGGGAACAAGUAUCCAAAGAACAUGACUCCCUUGAGAAGCAUAGGAAAGAGGACAUUCUUUCUCGAUUCUUGGUGGAAAGCGAGAAAUACCACGAGAAGAUGAGUGACAAAUAUCUUAGAGACAUAAUCUUGAAUUUCUUGAUUGCUGGGAGAGACACAACAGCUGGAACUCUCUCUUGGUUCUUCUACUUGCUUUGCAAGCACCCCCAUAUACAGGAGAAGAUAGCCCAAGAAGUAAGAGAAUCAGUAUGCACCAAGAAUGAAGGGAAUGUAGAGGGAGUCACUAUGUCUGGCUUUGCUGAUGCGUUAACAGAGGGUGCACUAGGGAGACUUCAAUUCCUUCAUGCUGCGCUCGCUGAGACUCUCAGAUUAUACCCAGCUGUACCUGUUAAUGCCAAGGUUGCUUUUGGCGAUGAUGUUCUCCCAGACGGCAGCAAAGUGAGGAAAGGAGACAUGGUGAACUAUCUAUCUUAUGCCAUGGGUAGGAUGACUUCCAUUUGGGGUGACGAUGCUUAUCAUUUUCGACCUGAGCGAUGGAUACAAAAUGGAGUUUUCCAGCCCAAGACACCUUUCGAAUUCCCUGCAUUUCAAGGUGGGCCCCGUAUAUGUCUUGGAAAGGAUUUCGCAUACCUUCAGAUGAAGGUUAUGGCUGCAGUCUUGAUUCGCUUCUUCAAAUUUAAACUGAGGGAUGAAGAGCAGGAAGCCCACUACCAUACCAUGUUGACCCUGCAUAUUGAUCAUGGCCUUCAUGUCUAUGCAUUUUCUCAAAAUAUUUGAUCAUCUUAGUUUGUGAGCUCUAGGCUUCCAAUGAUAAGUGGAAUUGUCGAUAUGUUUGAAUAACAAUGGAGCUUGGACGUGCAAUGCGUCCAACGAUUGGGAUGAUGUGGUUCUCCUUCGUCUCCUUCACAGCACCCCCUGUAUAGCCUUUCCUUGAGAGUAUUCUGUACUCCAAACUUCAGCUGGGUGCAUAUAAUCGAUUGAAGGUCCUCUGAAAUAAAUUACAACGCUCAUUGCUGUGAUAUCACUGGUUAAUUCCCAUGAUGAUGGGUUUCCAAUAUUCAUAACUGCCAUUAUUUUUAGAAGGGAUAACACAUAGUGAGUAAACAUGACAUGCCCCAAGCUUUUUCAAAUUGUGGAAAUCUUAUCUGUCAUUGAUCUUUCCCAA